GUUCUAAAUCUAGUUGAUUAAAAAUGUUGGCUUUAAAACCCGAUCGGUAGCUUGUGAUCUUUAAAAGACAAUUAUCUACACCUUCUUAACGUCUGGUUGCUCUCAGGUCAGAAACCAACAAUUCACAGCAAAUAGCAAGGUCUGUUAAUAAAAGAGGUGGCUAUACUCCAAUGCUGGAACUUUGUAGACCACCCCAUCCCCCUCAGCCAUGUUUUGGUUGAGACAUGCUGGUUGUGAUAUCUUUGUGAUGGCGUAUCUUUUAAAGAAGUGACAGAACUAUCCUGUGGAACAUUUUCCGAAACUUUUCAGAGAAAAAUGUAUUAAGUUUGGAUUGAUGUAGGCUGAAACGUUCAUUUUCUUUACUUUGUGAGUGAUUCUAUUGAAAAAUCUAGUCAUGGGUUUGAUGAUGCUGUUAAGAAAAAUGGUGACUGGUUCAUCCUGUCAACUCUGCUGGCACCAAAGAAAAAUGGGCAUUGACUUAAGAACUAUCUCCUCUCUACCAAGACAUAACUCACUGAAUAUUGAACCAAGACAACCUCCAUCAGAAGCCGAGCCAAGACAUAACUCACUCAAUAUUCAAAUGUUAUCCGAAUCUUUACAUAAACAAAUCUUUAAAAACUCCACCCCCACAAAAAUGAGCUCUGAAGCCUUUGAAAAAGUGAAAGAACACCUUAGAAAACAUGGUUUGGCUGACAAAGCAACAUCUCUUUUGCCUGACAUUGAUCUCAAACUUCCAACCCUCUAUGGCAAUAAUAUUAAUGAACAUUUUAUCCAUAUUGCUAAAGAGCAAUUGAAAGACUACAAUGUGUUGCUGGAAGAUCUGGCAUCCACCAAGAUUCCACCAAUGCCCCAAAAGUGGGAGAAAACCAAAGGCUGGACAAAAUAUUUCUCUGAUGGCACCCACCAAAGUGUUGCUUGCCCUGACGAUCAGGGCCUUGUCUUUGACAUAGAGUGUCUCAUGGCUGAGGGAGAUUACCCAACCAUGGCAACUGCUGUCUCAUCUUCACAUUGGUACUCUUGGACUAGUGAUUUUAUUUUUGAGGACAAGUUUCGUUGGUCAAACAGACCCCAGAUGAGAGAGCUGAUACCAUUAGAAACAGGCAGCGACACCAUACACCCAGCAAGUGGGGAGUGGCUGCCAAGGCUUAUCAUUGGUCAUAAUGUUGGCUUUGAUAGGUCAUUUGUUAAAGAGCAAUAUCUUAUUCAGGGCACUAAAUUAAAAUUUGUAGACACCAUGUCCAUGCACAUAGCUGUGUGUGGUCAGACCAGCUUUCAGAGGCUACUGCACAAAGCCAGUGGUAAAGACACCACGAGGAAGGAAGUGAUUGAACACAAUGCAAGACAGAAGCAAUUCAAAACAUUAGCUAGUCAAGAGUGGAAAAGGAUAAGUAGCAUGAACAAUUUAAGUGAUGUUCACCAGCUGCACUGUGGUGGUGAGCCAAUUCCUAAAGUCCAGAGAGAUGUUUUUGUUCACGGAACUAUGGCUGAUGUUAGGGAACAAUUUCAGGAGCUGAUGACAUAUUGUGCAAAUGAUGUGAAAGCCACCCAUGAAGUUUUUGUCAAACUAUGGCCAGAUUUUAAAGAGAGGUUUCCCCACCCUGUCACCCUAGCUGGGAUGCUAGAGAUGGGCUCAGCCUUUCUGCCAGUGAAUGAGGCCUGGCCUCGGUACAUCCACCAGGCUAACAGCACCUAUGAUGAGAUGGAAAAAGAGUUGAAGAAACUGCUGAUGGCCCUGGCUGAUGAAGCCUGUAGCCUAAUCCAUAAUCAACAAUACAAGAAAGACCCCUGGCUAUGGGACCUGGACUGGUCCACAUCCCCUUAUCGCCUUAAUAAAACAGGGAAGGCAGAAAAUGUUAAGAAUGUGUUUCAAGAAGAGCAGCUGGACAGUGAGAAGUAUCCCCAUCCUUGGUUAUUUGAGGAAGAGCAAGAGCAGGUGAAGCAAGAGUACAAAGAUGUUAUGAAGAAAGUUUAUGCAACAGCUGCAAGGAUACCUAAACGACCAGUUUUUAUGCCUGGUUACCCCACCUGGUACAAGGAACUGUGUCCCAAGCCUACCAGUGAAGACUUUUACCCCGGACCAUCACAGAUCAGCACUCAGUGCCGGACUACACCAAAGUUGAUGCGCCUUACAUGGAGAGGCUGUCCUGUACACUAUGAUGAUGAACACGGCUGGGGGUACCUUGUACCUGACACGCAAGAGUUGUCUCCUGUUGAAAGUGAACUUCAAGCCCAGGAAGCCGAGGAAAACACAGAACAUUGUUUCCCUCUAAGGAGUUUUCUGAAGUAUAUGAAUAUAAAAAGUGAUGAGAAAGUUGAUGGUAGCAGCCCUACAAGCAGUGGUCUGGAACUCUUAGACACUGGCUUUGAUGAGAGCGCCAUGGAUCUUGUGGAGAAGCUGCCACUCUGGGAAACUGCCACUGGAAAGAAACCUAAGAAAACCAGAAAACAAGGUGGUGAAAAACCUCUGAACAUUGGCAUUCCUGGAGUUUUGUUUUAUAAGAUUCCACAUAAGGACGGUGCUAACUACAAGGUUGGGAACCCACUGGCGCGGGACUACAUGAUCCGAGCUGAAGACGGGACACUGAGUGCUUGUACGGGUACUCAGGCCAACAGGGUGCUCAUGCUGGGCAGGAUGACGUCAUACUGGAAGAACAACCAGAAAAGAAUUGUCAGUCAAAUGGCUGUCUGGCUGAAUAAAAAUGAACUAGAUCCAACUAUCACAAGCCACCCAGACUACCAGGAUGAAGGUCUGUAUGGUGCUAUUGUACCUCGCAUCGUUACAGCAGGAACUAUCACAAGGAGGGCUGUGGAACCAACUUGGCUCACAGCCAGUAAUGCUUAUGUAGAUCGUAUUGGCAGUGAACUGAAAGGAAUGAUUCAGUGCCCACCUGGCUAUCAUUUUGUGGGAGCAGACGUGGACUCACAAGAGUUAUGGAUUGCUGCAGUUUUGGGAGAUGCCUAUUUCCUUAAAGAACAUGGCUGUACUGCACUGGGGUGGAUGACCUUACAGGGUACAAAAGCCAACAAGACAGACCUGCACAGUAAAACAGCACAGAUAGUUAACAUUAGUCGGGACCAUGCCAAGGUGAUGAACUACGCUAGGAUCUAUGGAGCAGGGCAGACGUUUGCUGAGAGACUGCUGCUACAGUUUAACCCCCACCUGACUGCGCUGGAGGCCAAACGAAAAGCUGCUGAGAUGUACAAGCAAACUAAGGGUCAAAGAAAUGCUCAGAGGCUUUGGAUUGGUGGAAGUGAAAGUUUUAUGUUCAAUGCACUUGAAGCUGUAGCUAAUUCUGAGAGUCCCAAAACUCCAGUUUUAAACUGCUGCAUAAGCAAAGCUUUGGAGCCAAGAUUUGUACUAGAAGAUUUUUUAACAUCCCGUGUGAAUUGGGUGGUCCAAAGCUCAGCAGUGGACUACUUGCAUCUGAUGCUAGUCUGCAUGCGCUGGCUGCUGACAGCCUACAACAUUGAGGGCAGGUUCUGUAUCAGCAUCCAUGAUGAGGUUAGGUAUUUGGUCUCAAGCCCAGACAGGUAUAGGGCAGCCCUGGCGCUGCAGAUCACCAAUCUCCUCACCAGAUCCAUGUUUGCUUACAGACUAGGGAUGGACGACCUACCUCAGUCUGUGGCAUUUUUUAGUGCAAUAGACAUUGACAGCUGUCUACGUAAGGAAGUGACGAUGGAUUGUCUAACACCAUCCAACCCUCAUGGAUUAAAUCAAAGUUAUAAAAUUUCAACAGGUGAGGCCAUGAACAUAUACCAGAUCAUUGAGAAGACAGGAGGAAAACUGGAAUACCACACAAGCAUUGCAAUCCCAUUAGAUUUAGUCAAUACACAACAUGGUAAUCCAUCAGUACUUGAGAAGAUUGAUUUACAGUGGAAUUACAACAUGGAAAUCCACAAUAUGGUGAAAUACAGUGAAGCUUACACUGUUGAAAAACAGAAAGUUUCCCAUUUAGAUUAUAUGGCUAGAAGUCCCGAGGAAUAUGCAGAUUUUCAGGCACACAUUCUUAAUUCGGUCAAGCACUAUAGAGAUGUUCAAAAAAAAGAAUCAGAUUUUUGUUCAGUCCCCGAAUGUCUGAUCAGAUUGGAAGGCCUUGAAGUCACAGACUUUAGCUCGCAGUAUGGAAGUGAAUCAACAAUAUCCUACGUCGCCUGUAAUUUAGCUGGGAAGGCGUGUGUUUUCCCCUCAUAUGGGGAUUAUACUCAAGCAUGUGUAUUUAGAACAUAUGGACCCUGGUGGAACAUUGCCCCAUCAAGUAUACAAAAAUACAAAGGAACUCCUUGUGAUUUUGUUAGUCAAGACUUCAUAGAGGUGACUUUUGCAGAAUAUCUUUACCCAGUGAGAAUUGAAGUGUAUGAGACCUACAAUCCUGGGUCUAUCAUCCGUAUAUUGGCUUGUGAUAGAGCCGGUGGAACUGACACAGAUAAAGGAAGAGUAACAUGGGUGACCUUAUGGAAAAGUCAACCAAAGCCUAGCAAACAGCGGCCUAGAAUAUUUGCACCUCAUUUGAAGAAGAUCAACUUUGCUACAAAUCUAAUCAGGCUGGAGUUGAAUCAUGACUGUCUGGACUACUAUACUGAACUUGAUGGGAUCAAACUGAUAGGCACCAAAAUGCCACCAGGAGCUGACAUCCAUUUCCUGCAGCCUGUACUUACAGUGGAUGAUGAUGACAUCAUUCUAGCCUGUGAUGACAGUGGCAUGUCACCAUGUUGUCCUGAGCCUGUCAGUUGCCAACAGCUAGAAGAUGAAACUCUGAAGGACAGCAUGACAGAGUUGAGCCUGAAGGAGAGUGAAUUCUUCACCCUGUUACCUAAAGAAAUCAUUCACCUUAUUCUGGGGUAUUUAGAUGUGCGAGAUCUAUGCAGGCUGUCACAGACUUGCAGACUUCUUAAAGAACAUUGUUAUGAGCCCUACUUGUACACAGAUCUUAACCUCCAACCUUUCUGGACACAGAUUUCCUCCUCGUCUCUCCUGGCACUGGAACACAGGUGUGAUCGACUGCAGCGGCUAAAUUUAUCCUGGGUGGGGAAAGCUGGCUUUAUACAUCUGGAUACUUUAGUCAUGUUUCUGUCUAGCUGCUGCCAUAGUCUGUCUACUCUAGAGCUGUGUUCUUGUAACUUUGUUAAUGGCAAGGUUUUAGCAAGUGUUGUGAACAUCUGUCAUCAAUUAACAGAACUGAAUCUCAAUGGUUGUGUCCACAUUGAUGAGUUCACUGUCUUCAACACCCUGACUCGUACCAAGCUGAGAAGACUGAACUUGUACAGAACCAAAGUUGAUGCAGGUUCAUUUCUUGCUGUUCUUAGGUCCAGCCCUGACCUAGAACAUUUGAAUAUUGGGUCGUGUCAGUUGCUGAAUGCAAGCAUCAACACAAUUCUGCUUGAGAUUGGAUUGCACUGCAAGAAGUUGAAGAGUCUGGACCUCUGGCGUAUGAAGUCACUGACUGAUGAGGGUUUGUCACAUUUGUACAACAACUGUUGCUUGUUAGAGGAACUGGACAUUGGCUGGUGUGGUGAGCUGAAGGCUGAUAGAGACAGCUACUAUAACUUGGCCAAACACUGCAGGAACCUGAAGAAACUUUUUCUAACAGCCAACAGGACACUCCGAGACACUGACCUCCGAGCACUUGCUGACCAUUGUCCACUACUAGAGCAGCUGGACAUUCUGGGCACUAGAGAAGUUUCCAGAGAUGCUAUUGUGUACACCCUAGAGACCAGUAAGAACCUGAUGUUUCUGGAUGUUUCCUUCUGUCUGGGGAUAUCUACAACAGACGUCUGCUGCUGGCGUGCAACCUACCCGCACGUUUCCAUCAAGAAAAGUUUCCAGAAUAUUUCUAUCACAUAAAUAUCUGCAUUGGUGCCAGCAGUCUUCAUGUCAUCAAUUGGUGCCAGCAGUCUUCAUGUCAUCAAUUGUUGCAAAUCAUAACAUAGGGUAAUCAGUGGUCACUUAAAGUCAUAACAUGGACUGGAUUGCUGCUUUUAACUGAAAAUAUCUGCAUAAUUAUAUACAAUAACUAAAACAAAAAUAUUCUGGUCAUGCAGUAUUUUUUGAAAACACAAUACAAGCAGAUACUGUUCUGCACCCACUGUUGUAUUCCUAUUUAAAUAUGAUCUAGAUCAGAAAAUGGAAUCUGUUAAAAAAUGUGAUCUAGACAAAUAAAUGGAACCUACGUUAAAAUGAAAGCUACUGUGAAUGUACUUAAAAUUCUGUCGUAUUUAUUUUAAUUUAAAAAUUUACUCCAGUAAAACAUGUAUAUUAUGUAUGUAGUUUGUGUAAUCUAAAUACGUUUGGCUGUUAUAUUUUGUAUGUAGUUUGUGUAAUCUAAAUACGUUUGGCUGUUAUUGGAUCUGAAUGUUGUUUCAGAAGUGGCCCAUUUAUUUCUUGUGUCAUUCCCACUCCCUAUAGCUAUAAUUAGAUAAUCAGAGGUAUAAUGUAACCAGAUAUUACAAUAAAAUGUAUUUUGUGAAGUCAGAU